UUCACAUCACAAAGCUGCACCGUUAGGACAAGAAACGUUCAAAGUCUCGUCUUUUUUCACAACAGUGGGCAAACUGAAACCAGGCGUCUUCGAUGGAAAGGAUUAAUUAAUUAUUUUUGCACAACAACAGAAAAAAACAAACCCAUCGUCACCAUUUUCUGGGCUGGAAAAUCGACUUUUUUUUUGGUUUUACUGUCUCCAGGCAACACAAGGAGUCUCGAGCUUAAGAGAAAAUAAUGAACAACAGAGAUCGCUGGAAGGUGUACAAGAGGGUGAGCGUCAUGUUUUUCCUGGCCGUAUUGGCGCUGACCGUUGUCCAGAGAGGAAACAUCAACAUGGGAGCUCCCUUUGAACUUGAGAGGCAGGUUCGCAUGGAUGCGUCCAAUGAAGCGGAGCAUUCCUUCUGGAAGGUUAGCAAAGAAAAGUCAGUGACCAAAUCUAGGGUCACCACACAGGAGACCAACAUCACUGAGGACACACGCCUCAAGUCCUGGGAUGUAACCAGCACCAACUGUAGCGCCAACCUCAACAUCUCAAGUCACGACUGGUUCAAUAGCCUGGAGCCAAAUUUCAAGCAAUUCCUGCUUUAUCGACACUGCCGCUACUUUCCUAUGCUCCUCAACCACCCAGAGAAGUGCAAAGGGGACGUAUAUUUGCUUAUGGUGAUAAAGUCUGUGGCGACCCAGCAUGAUCGCAGAGAGGUGAUCCGAAAAACCUGGGGCAAAGAGCAGACGGUCGAUGGGAAGAGAACAAAGAUACUCUUCCUCAUUGGUAAAUCCUCCAAUGAGGUGGAGAGAGCAAACCAUCAGAAGUUAGUUGAGUUCGAGGACUACAUCUAUGGGGAUAUCCUCCAAUGGGACUUCCUCGAUAGCUUCUUCAACCUCACACUCAAGGAGACUCACUUUCUAAAAUGGUUCAACACCUACUGCCCCGGUGUACGCUAUAUUUUCAAGGGUGACGACGACGUCUUUGUCAGCGUAGAGAACAUCUUUGAGUUUCUGGAGAGCAGCAGCCCUUCAAAGGACCUGUUUGUUGGGGAUGUGAUCUUCAGGGCUGUGCCAAUUCGUAGAAGAGAAAACAAAUACUACAUCCCCCAGGCUCUUUAUAGUAAGCAAUACUACCCUCCGUAUGCAGGGGGAGGGGGUUUUCUGAUGGACGGGAAGUUGGCGAGGAGGCUUCACUGGGUGGCAGAUACCCUGGAGCUCUAUCCCAUUGAUGAUGUUUUCCUGGGCAUGUGUUUAGAGGUGCUUCAAGUCACUCCCGUAAAACAUAACGCUUUUAAGACGUUUGGCUUGGUGAAAAAUAAGCAAAGCAAAUUGAAUCGAGAACCUUGUUUCUUUAAGAGCAUGAUUGUGGUGCACAAGCUGCUCCCAUCGGACCUCAUGCACAUGUGGAAUCUGGUCAACAGUGAUCUGGUCUGCUCGCAGAAAGUGGAGAUCCUAUAGCUUGAUGGGAAAAACUCUUCUUUAUGUGGAGAGGAACCAUGGACAAUGUGUAUUUACUGUUUCUGUGCAGUGGUUAUGAGUUUUCACAAAAGUAAAAUUUUAAAAGGUUUGUAACGGUUGUCUUAGAAACGGGUAUUUAUAUUGGCAUUUGAAGGACUCACUCUUUCAACAUGCAGAUUGAAGGGUCAAUAACCAAAGUUGAGCUGCUGCAUCAAUGGGCACAAUAACGAAAACAAUUACUGUUGCAUACUUUUCUAUUUUUGGCCCUGGGUCAAAAGUGCCAUUUGGUUUUCACUCUUUUUAAAUGCAAGCUCCAAUACUUUCAACCUUAAUGGCCACCAUUGAUAAUUGUUCUUCCAAUUUGCUUUGAUUUGGUGGAAGUUUUCCAUUGAAGAGAAAAAAAAAAUGUUUCUAGAUGAAGGGGCAAGAAAAUCAGUACUAUGUCUAAUUUACUAUAAAUGUGCUAAUUGGGAAAUCAUGUUUAGUUUGAUCUAGAAAAUAUAAGGGUAGUUGCUUUUAAUGGGUCCUCUAAGGCCACUGCACAUGCUGAACAAUGUGUAGUGAAAAUAGCAUAAUGGCUUUUGUACAAAGUGUUACAUAUUGCCCUCACAUGGACAAGUAUGUCAUGCUGCAGUUGCUUCGAAUGACUUCGAGAAAGAAACGGCUGUCUCUACCUCAAUGAUUCUGUCUCAAACUGUCAUUUAUAACUUUUUUGUACUUCACAUGAUACCCGUAUCUUCAUAUCCAGUACAUGUUCCCACAAUGAAAGUUGAAUCACUUUGUAAAUCUGAAAAGUCCUUGCACUCAUUUUUUAUUUUUUUUGCGAAUGUGACUGACAGCAUCUACUACUCCUUUACUACUUUAAAAGAAAACUGAUACUUUUAUGCUGUGUGUCGAUUUGAAUGUGCUGAUAUACUUGACAUGAAUGGGGUAGAGAGUUUACAAUGACACUGUGAACUAAAACUAUUGCUGGUACGAGUAUCUGACAUGUUAAUUUAAGUGACCCCAAAUAAAAGGGGCCAAAUGGGGGCUUCUUAUAUUUAAGUUAAAGCUUCAGAUAAGGAUAUAAAUGAUUAUUAUAAAGCUGAAUGUUGUGGGUGAUGGUUAUGUCUAUAUGAUGUGUAUAUGUGUAAAAUGAUGUGUAUAUGUGUAAAAAAUGUAAAUAAACUUGACAAUGCAUUUGUCCUUGAAAAUCUGCCCUACAA